GUUUUAGGCCUCUACAUUCCUAUUCUGUACCUUUCAAACCAGAUGUAACUCUCAGCCACUAUUUAAUUAUUUUCGUAAGUUAUUAUAUGUUAGUUGGGAAAAGACAAUUCAACAUAUUUCAUAAAUUUUAGUUGGAUUUUUUUUUUCCCCUCAAAUUAGGAGAAAUUGAUAAAAUAUAAAGCAACGAGUCCAGCUUGGAGCAGGUCUGCCAUGCCUGUCAAAACGUCAAGCGUAAACCCGAAACCCAGAUAAAGAAAUUUCAGUUUCACCACCCCCUUCCCCGAAAAGAACCCGUUCAAGAGAUCCAAUCACUGUUUGAUACUCGAAGAAGAAGAUCAUGAUGCGAUACAAGGAGGAAAAAGAGGUGAAGAAAGAAGCAUUCAGGAAAUAUUUGGAGUCAAGUGGGGUUCUUGAUGCUCUAACCAAAGUUCUGGUUUCAUUGUAUGAGCAGAAUGACAAACCUUCCUCUGCCCUUGAAUUCAUCCAACAAAAAUUAGGUGGUCCAUCAGUGUCAGAAUAUGAAAAGCUACAAGCUGAAAUGUCAAAUUUGCAAAUAAGAUACGAUGAGCUUUUAGCAGAACACCAACAAACUUGCAAAGAGUUGGAGGAACUUAAGAUUUCAAAUGCCAUGGAAAUGCCAUUAACAAAGGAGACCAUUGAUGAGAAGGCUCAUAAGGUUGUGCUUUGAAGGAGCGUUGAAAGAACUUGUACAUUGUUAUGGUGAAUUGAAGGAGUGAGAAAGCGUUGAUUCCUAGAGUGCUGUAUCCAUAGCAUUCACCGGGACUUUUAACGUUGUGUUAAUCUUCUUUUCCGUUAUUUGACUGUUUUCUGUUAAAGAAAAGGAGGGGGCAUUUUGCUGAUUUCAGUGGUAAUUAUGUUCAUAUCCACCCUCUCUAGUAUUUAUCUUUGUUGAAAUUCUGCUGUUGGGCAGGAGAAUUUACUCUUAUAGUAAUGCAUUUACUUGGAAUUUAUUUAUUUA